UGUUACAUUUUUUUUAAUUGUGUACUUCUUGCUUAUAAAUUGAACUGAAAUUGUUAAUCACAGUGUUCGCAGAUGGUUAAAAUAUAUUUAUUUCGAUGUAAAUAACAUCAGAGUUGAAUGUUUUUCUUCUCUAUGUUUUCUUCUUUCUCCUGUUAACAUUCUAUUACCUGUUGUCCAUGGUUAACUUCAUCUUCUGAUUAUAUUUCAAGUGACACGGUUUGAUUUAUUGAUUGGAACAAACACAAGCUUAAUAAGGAGACCUUAUUUAAACUACAAGAUUUUUCCUGGUUCUAUUUGUUUCAAGAUAUAACUCUUCAUCUUCUCAACUAAGUGAUAUAAUAGAAAUAUUUAUAGUUGUAAAAUUGUAGCUUUUAAAGCUGCUGAUUCAUUUGGAUUUCCUCUUAACCCGUUCAUUUUUUUUCCUCAAUCAGAAUGGAAAAUCUGAUUCACAUCAAAAGGUGUUCUAGACUAUCUUGGUCUAAUCUCUCUGCAUUUAUUGCGUCUUGUUUCAUUCUAAUCUCUUUUUUCAUCUCGCUUGUAAAUUGUGUUGAAACCAAAGCUAAUUUAAACCUUACUACAUGUUUGGUAACAGUCAAUAAUAACGUCUAUAAUUUAAGUUCCUUGGUUAGACAUGAUGGUGAUCAACCCUGGCAAUUGAAUACAGUUAUGUCUUUGACAUUCCCUAGCCACCAACAAGUAUUUAUUAAUCUCUGUCAGCCAUUACCAAAAAUAUCACCUUUAUUCACGGAUGGAGGAUGCAAAGAGUCAACUAACUCAUCCAUUUGUUUAGUUGAUAUGAAUAAUAAUAGUACUACCUCACUUGCAGACUACAACAAUAUCGAGGCAUCUUAUGAUGAUGAGAUGGAAGCAAUCCAUUUGCAAAUGAUCUCUACCAGCUCUACAAUAAAUCUAUAUAUCCAUUGUAAUCCAACUUUGAAGAAUAAUCAACCCAUUCUCGUUUAUCAAAAAGCCAACAAUCUCAACAUUGAAUGGUUUGAUGCUGCUGGAUGUCCAAAAGAAGAAGUUAUUGGCGAAGAUUGUCAAGUUAGCGUACCCAGUAUGGGUAAAAUUUUCGAUCUGAGACCUCUAAGCAAGACUGGUGGCUAUGAUUUCCCAGAAGAUGGCUAUCACUAUUAUAUCAAUGUUUGUGGUCCAAUUAAUAGAACGCAAUGUGGUCCUGAUUCAGGCAUUUGUCAUUACAGUAAAGAUGGUAAAAUGCAUUAUUCUCUGGGUAAAUGGAGUGAUAAAGUUUCCUAUUCGGAUGGUAUAUUAACGCUUGUGUAUGGUGGUGGUGAUCCAUACCGCAAUGCUCAGAAAACGCCCCGUGUUACAAAAAUUAUGUUUAUUUGUAAUGCUACUGCCGGUGUAGGAAAACCUGAUUUUGUCGAAGAAGCUAAUAGGACAUACAUAAUUCAUUGGGAAACUAAUUAUGCUUGCCCUAAACCAAUCAGAUCUGUUAAUUGUAUUUGGCAAAACUCGACCCAUCGAAUCGAUCUGAGUCCUUUCAAAAAAACUACGGGAAACUUCAUAGUACCAUUAAGCAAAAGUAUUGUUGUUAUCAAUGCCUGCAGUCCAAUCAAUCCUAAAAUACAUGGAAUUCAAAAAUGUCCUUACUCCAGUGGUGUCUGCUAUAUCCCCAACGUUUUUGAUUCAAAAAGUUCAAAAUCAAAAGCUUUGAACCUCGGUGAACCUAUUGGUCCACCACAGUUACUUUUCGACGAUCAAAUAAAUUUGCUUUAUACUAAUGGGGAUCCCUGUCCCUAUUCUGAUCCUGCUUCACAAUACGUCACCCGUAUAACCUUCUUAUGUGAUCGAAAUGCUGGUGAAGGUAAACCUAAUUUGAUUGAAGGUAGCCCUCAAAGCUGUGAGUGGUUAUUCGAAUGGAAAACUAGUCUAGUCUGUGAAGCUCGUCCUAUUUUUGCUCACCAAUGCGUAUUCGAAGACAAUAUGAAUGGAUUGAAAGUCGAUCUGACUAAGGUUUUCGAUUCAUUUUCUCUAAUAACAGAGCAAGAAAAUUCAACUUUAAAACACUUUUUCAUCAAUGUUUGCUCCCAUAGAUCUCCUGCUAAAGGCUAUCAAGAUAUGGUAUUAGCUAAAAGAUGUGUAAACUCAUCAAUUUGUUAUGAAGAGAGUACUUUAUAUGAUAGUACAUCUGCUAACUACAUCAGUCUGGGUAAUCUUCAAAGUAGCGAUUAUUCUUUUCAAGGUGAAUCAUUGAUUCUGAAAUUUGGCGAUGGAUCAACUUGUGGCGAAAACAAAACUUUCUCCUCUGAAAUUGACAUAAAAUGCUCUUCAUCUGCUAUAACAAACUACCUUGGUCGUGAUUUUUCUGAAUGUUCGCACAAAUUCUUCCUGGAAAGCUCACUUGUGUGUGGCCUCAAAUCUCCUAGCUGCACCUAUCGUGUUAAUGACUCAUUGGUUGAUUUAAGAGAGCUGUCAUCUAUAACUCAUGCUUGGAAAGUUAGAAAUAUUAAGGACAAAAAUAAGAUUUACUAUUUCAACUUAUGCAACAAGAUUCCGAAUGAUCACCAUGCUGCGGACGGUAUUAGCUCAGUAGUUGAAUGUGAUUUGAUUGAUGAUGAGGAACAUUGUAUACACCCGAUCGGUAGAAAAGAUAUGAUGACAAUGAAUAUGGAAUAUAAUGCUGACAAGUCUAAAAAAGCUCUCAUUAUCUCCUACACUAAUGACAAGUCAAAUGUAUGCUCGAACGUCUCUUCAGUAACUACCAAAAUUAAGUUAGUGUGCAGCUCCAUUUUCCGUUCUGAACCCAAGUUCAUCCAAAAAAUUGACAACGGAACAGCUUGUGAAUAUCAUUUCGAAUGGGAAACAUAUCUUGCUUGUUUCUCACAUGAAUCCGAAAGAUUGGAACGUCCCAUGGUUCGUGAAGGAAACUAUUUCAUCGACAACCGACCCGAAUUAGAAAUCGACAGAGCUAUUAAUAUGAAUGAAAUUUUCAAUAAAAUACAUACUGUAGUGGAAGGUAAAUAUGAAUAUACCCUGGAUCUUGCUGGAAUUGAAGCUGACCCCGAAGGAAAUUGUAAAAACGCAGCUAUUUGUCAGAGAGAAAUUAAUGGCUCUUUCACCCGAGACAUUGGCUCUCUUAAAACAGAAAUGAUGGUCACUCAAGGAACUAAAGUAAAACUCAAGUUAACAGCCACCAAUCAUCAAAAAUGCGGUAAAAACAGUCGUAAAAAUGUUACCACAACCGUGUUUUUCCAGUGUAGCAGCUCAGAAUCUGGUAUUGGUUCUCCAAAAUUCUACUAUGAAUCUAAUGAUUGCGAUUAUAUUUUCUUGUGGGAUACCGAUAUUGUGUGUCCAAGUAAAAUGCAGCCUGCUGCUGAUUUGUUAGCUCAUCUUCGAAGUCAAAGUGUCACUAAAUCACAGGGUUUCUCAGCUAUUGCAUCAAUGUUUGGUGCACUCAUCAUAAUAAUUUGCAUCGUUGGUUUAGCCAUUGUUCCUGUUACAUGGAUUUUAUUUCGUUUAAGUUAUCGGGAAAAAAGGAAUUAUCUAGUCCAUUGGAUCCGAAGUAAAUUCCGGUCUCCGGUAAUCACAUCGUUCACUUACUCCCAAGUUUCAUCCGAUUCCACCAAGUUAGUAUCCAUGAAUGAUGACCUUUAGCAUCAGGAAAUGGAGAAAAAAGACAAAGAAAAUUUAAUAAUUUAAAACUAUUUAAAGAAAAGGUCCUAUUUUCUACAGGUCGAAAAAAUACCUAAAAAUAAGAGAGAAUGAAACAAAAUGUGAAACAAAAGAAACAUUAUCAUUCAAAUUAUCAACCUUAAAGAGUUUAUUUGUAUAAAACAAAAUAUGUAAGGAUUCAACUACAAGACUGUGUUAGCAUUUAUCUUGGUUGAUCUAACUUAUCAAAAGGAAUGUUUCUCGUUUUCUUUUGCUUUUUUGUCAACCAACCAUCUCAUUCUUUCGAAUGAAAACCUCAUCCAAAAAAAACUCAUUGUUCUCAAAUGUUAUGUAAAAUAAAAUAUAAUCGAAUUAUCUUUUUACUAUAAAA